CAUACUAUAUCAGUGUCCUUAGUUGGUUGUAGAUAAAUACAGUAAACAUAAUAAUUGAAAUCUAUUUUUAUUAGCUACUGGUGGGCUAUUUAUAGUGUUAAAACACGUAUUAUACAAGCCAAUAAAAGCAUUAGUCUAUCUUAGUAAAUAAUAUCCAAAGUAACACGAUUGCCCAAAUUAAUAAGAAUUUUAAUGGAUUUGAGGUUUUGUAAUUAAUGUUAAUUGGCAACUAUAUUUGUGAUGAACAGGACAAAGAAUAAUAAUGCUAAAAUGGAAAGAAGUACAGAGUCCCAAACUACAACUGACAUGAGUGUGGACGCGUAUAGACUAAUUACAAACGACGAUAAACCGCCCGAUAUUAAAUAUGGAAGAGAAAAUUCCUGGGUUGCCGGUGUUCAAAUGUUUGUGUCAUUUUUGCUUGCUGGAUUUGGAAUGGUAGCCGCUAGUUUAUUACUCGAUGUGGUGCAACAUUGGCAGGUUUUUGAACAAGUAUCAGAAGUAUAUAUCUUAGUUCCUGCACUGUUAGGCCUGAAGGGUAAUUUGGAAAUGACAUUAGCAUCUCGGCUCUCAACACAUUCACAUUUGGGACAUCUUGAAACAAGUUUAAAAGCUUUAAUUGUUGGUAAUUUAUGCUUAAUUCAAUGCCAGGCUAUUCUGGUUGGGUUUUUAGCUGCAAUGGCAGCCGUAGUGAUGGGAUGGAUCCCAAAAGGAGACUUUGAUAUACAUCAUGCUAUGUUGUUAUGUGCAUCAAGUGUGUUAACUGCUUCUUUUGCAAGUUUUGGUCUGGGUUUGAUUAUGAUUGGAGUUAUUGUUGUUUCUAGAAAGAUUAAUAUAAAUCCUGAUAAUAUUGCAACACCAAUAGCAGCUAGUCUUGGAGACUUGACAACCUUGGCAUUAUUAUCUUGGAUAGCAUCUUUAUUAUAUAGGACAAUUGGCACAAGUGUUGUGUUACCAUCUAUGAUUAUUAUUUCAGGCUUAAUUUUAGUACCAUUAUGUGGGUAUAUAGCUUUUAACAAUCAAUUUACAAGACAAGCAUUAGAUGAAGGCUGGGUUCCUGUUGUAUCUGCCAUGGUUAUAAGUAGUGCUGGAGGUUUAAUUUUGGAUUAUACUGUGUCAAAUUAUAAAGGCAUAGCAGUAUUUCAAUUAGUGAUAAAUGGUAUUGGAGGAAAUAUGGUUGCUGUUCAUGCAUCAAGGUUGUCAACAUUACUACAUACUGGCCAACCGGCUGGUGCAGUACUUGGCAACACGACAAGACUAUUGCUUGUUAUGGUUGUGCCUGGUCAACUUAUAUUCAUAUACACAAUAGGUUAUCUCAAAGCAGGUCAUACAUCACUAACUCCUAUUUUCAUCUUGAUUUACAUGACGGCAGCUAUGUUGCAAGUUUUCUUAUUAUUAUGUAUAAGCCAUUAUUUGGUUGUUGGUAUGUGGAGGUUGGGUUUAGAUCCUGAUAACUCUGCUAUUCCAUAUUUAACUGCCCUCGGAGACUUACUCGGAACAGCGCUACUCGGUAUUGCUUUCCACAUUUUAUAUGCCAUAGGAGACAAAGAUAGUGACUUAGGUGAUUAAGUAUAUAAGUGUUCAUGAAUUUAUACAAAUCCAUAAGAAACCUACUUAUAAAGUUUUAUCAGAUUAUGUAAGUUGUAUCCUCUUUACAAUUGAAUAAAUAUAGUCUUAUUAUAUUAAUGUUAAGAUACACAUAUAUAAUAUUGUACUAAAUACCUUAGCAAUAGAACUCUGUUAUGGUGCUAAUAUGUGUACUUGCAUAUCGUUAACAAAUAAAUUAUAUUUUAAUACUAUAACCAAUUAAACUGUACUUACAAAAUAAAAUGGUCCAACAUAUUGUGUAUAUAAUCAUUGAAACUUAAGCUAAAUUUAUUUGAAAUUUUUGUAACCUUAACUCUUUAACCACAGUAGUGAUAUACGUCAUCUCGAAUUUAUAAUUAAGUUGUGUUUCUUUCAUUUGUAAAUCAAAAUUUAAGUAUCUAAUUAUGAAGAAUAUUAUUUUUACUAUUUAUUAAAAAUAUUUGUACAUAUACAGCUGUAACUAUUGAAGCGAAAAUGCACAAAAUGUGGAAUAAAAAUCUUAUAUUUAAAAUGAAA